CAAGUCCAAGAAAACAAAUUUUGUGCAAAACGCGACGGCACUCGCCAUUUCAUUUCACUCCCGGUGGUAAAAGACGCUGCGAUCUAUUCGAGAUUAGUUUUAGGGAGUAAUAAGCUGAAAGAUUAUGCUGGGGGUUGAAAAUUCAGAGGUUCAACCUUCGCAAGUGAGUCCCUUGCUGUUGAACAAGGACCUCUUUGAUGCAGAGGACAGCGAUUCCGAUGUUGACUACACAGCGAGAUCACCUUCACCACCCCUGGAGGAGGUGGUUUCCCAGCCCCCAGAUGGGCACGGCUCCCCACUCCGUGAAGAUGGACCACAUCAACAAGAUGAUGACGAGAAAUCUUCUGUUCAUUCCGAUGACGAGGAGGAGAAUGAAUCUGCUACUCAGAGGCAAAAGUCACCAGGAAGCAAGAGCAAAGGAGCCAAGUCUUCCAUUGCUCAGUCAAGAACUCGACGAGUCCCAAAAGUGGAUGCCAAGAAAAUUCACAGUGAGAGCCAACGCAUUAUUAGAGAGUCUGAUUUAAGUCUUCCGUACCACAAACCCAAGCCACUCUCUCUGAAUGAUUUCUUCAGUAAGAAGCCAUCUAAAACUGGUGUCGUGUCAGUGAAAAAACUCAAGGGGCUUUCCAAACGCCAACAAAUUGCGGUUUUCACACAGCAGCAAACCGACACUGCAUCCAACGAAAUAAAUGGAAGAGCAGCUCUAUCGCAGCCCUCACCGAAGCCCAACAAGCAUUCCAGGCAGCGUUCCCCACUCUCACAGAGUUCCAGUCCCACUUUCAUCGAGCCUGAAGCAGACAAUGGUAAACUGUCCUCCGAUGGAAACUCGGCAGUGGAAGAGUCAAGACAAGACAUCAGUUUGGAAGAGGAAAAUGAAACUCCUUUAAGACUUGAGGAAUCAUCCGAUGAAAGCGGAGAGACAGCUGCUCCAGAAGUAACAGACAUGAACAAGGAUGCUGAUGCAGAAACAGACAAUACAGUUGAGAAAGAUAAAGUUAACGUUUCUGCUCAGGAGGCUGAAAGUUUGAAUGUGACAUCGUCUAAAAUGAUCACUUCUGAUGAUGGAAUGAAGGAGGAUGCAGGUUUAGCACAAGAUGAGGAGGAAAAUAAAGAAGUGACGCAACCGGCUGUUGUUGAGGUGGAGAAAGAUAACCAGAAGGAUGACACUGUUGCCCUGGUAACCACGGCAGAGCAAGAUGAGGAUGCUGACUUCAGCCUCAGAUUAUCUCCAUCUCAAACUCCCACUCAAGCCCCUCCCGCAAGCCAGUCCCAUCGGCAGAAGCUCCUGGAGGCAAGCCUCCCCAAACUCAAGACCUUGACGCCGCGGCUCAGCGGGGAGGCUGAGCUGGUGAUCGAUCUGGGAGAUGCCGACAGCGACACGGAGGCUGGGUUUGCUACACCGUGCAACCCAGGCCUGAAUCGCUUGAUGGAGAGGUUUGUCAAGCACACGGCAAGGAGUACACCCAGGCCACGGAAGGAGGUCAAACUCAGUGUUGUGAGCAAGGAGACAGGAACGGACGGUAAAGAAGACCUCAAACUGGAGACGGUCGCUGUGACCAUCGAAGGAGAAGUUUGUGAAGAUCCUAGCUUGAAAGUGCCUGGAGCCAAACUCGUAAAACUGAAGGAAGCCCUCCAGCUGAAGAUGAAAGCAAGGCGAGAGAUAGAACGCCAGCGCCGCAAGGAGGCUUAUCGCCUUGACAACGAGGAUUACAACGAAGGUGAGGAAGGCGAGAUGACAGACAAGAGUGACACCGAUGACGAGAGUGACAAUGACGCGGGUGGCACUGACCUUGGCGAUGGCAGGAAGGAAAAGAAGAUAAAGAAAAAUCCAUUUGUAAACCAUGAAGCUGUGGAUGAUGAUGAUGAGGAUUAUGACCCGGAGGAAGACAGCGAUGAAUACGAGAAUGAAGAUGAUACAGACAACAGUGAUGAUGAAAGUGAUGCUGCCAGUAACCAUGGCAACAGAGGACAGGAACAGAAGGAUGCCCCAGACCUCCAGAUCUACUCCGCCGAAACUGACGAAGAAGACGAUGAUGAAGAUGAUGAAGAUGAGAACAUUAAAAGGGUGUCAUCAGUCGGCAAGGCGAAGAAGAAGAAAAAACUGGUUCUUGAUGACGAUGAUGAUGAGGAGGAGGAGGAAGAAGCAAGAGGAGAUGUUGCUAGGCAACAGGAGACGGAGAACAGUCCGACGUUGGAGCUACAUCUUGAUGCUGAUGACGAGGAAGAUGAACAUGAAGAGAAAAUGAACCAAGAUGAUUCCUUGUCAGAAAUACCGACCAAAAACACACAACUUACUCUGGACCCAGAAAUGAACAGCCCAAGUUUGACAUUCCCCCGUCCCGAUUCCACCCUCCUAGUCGGACGGCUUGUUACGGAAUCUGCCAGCAGUCAAGAUGGUACCAUGGACAGCUGUGACGUCGACAAACUUGGCGAGUCCAUCAUGCGUGCGGCGCGGUCACCAAAAAAGACUUUGACUCACGAGGAGAAGACGAGAGACCUGUUUGAGUCGGCCAGCAACACGGACGGAGGGACUACAGGGAGUAGUGAGGUGGACCGGGCCGGGGAGUCCUUCACGGGACGGACAAACUUCAGCUGGAGUGCUAUCAAGAAAACGCCAGGAGCAGUACAAGACGAUUCAAGCCGUGAAUUGCCCAAGCAGAUGGACAACAGCUCCAACAGCCUAGACACCAGCUUUGAGUUGAUGGGGUCCAUCAUCCCUGCCCACCAGCCUGGAGGCGGGCUGAGGAGAAACCGUAAGACGUCACUUGAGGAGGCCAGGGAUGGCUUUAAGCCAUUCUCAAAACAUCAUUCUCUGCUUCAGAAUGCUCCAAAGAGUUCUUCUAAGUUGUCAGAGUUGACACUCCCCGUGGAGGAUUCUCAAGACCUCUUCCGGGUGGACACGCCCUCCCUGACUGUAGCCAUGGAAACCCAGCAAGGGGGCGACACCCAGAGCUUCCGUUUCUCCUACGACGACGACGAAACGCAGACGCAGUUCCUUGAUGAGAACGGGUUUCUGAAGCUGCGUUCCACCAGUAAACCAAAGCCUGCCACCAAGAGGCUGUUUGAAGACGAGAAUGCGAGCCAAGACCAGAUGGAUGAAUUGCUGGGCCUCUGCUCAGGCAAAUUUAAUAAUGGGGCCGAGAGUUCCAGUAAGAUCAGGAAAGGUCUCUUCUCCCAGCUGAGCAGCCAGCGAGUUGAAGGCACCCAGGGCAACUUGGAUGAGUUACUGGGUCUGUGCUCGGGCACGUUUGUGAGUCAAAAAGAGGACUCCCAGGCAAAGUCAACCCUGCCUAUCCAUCACGACGCCGACACGCACAGCGAGUCUUCUUUCCACAUCCUCUCUGAUGAUGAGGGCAACCAUAGCGACCGCGGACACCGACCAGUCCUUAGCGACGAUGAAGAGAGUAAACCCAAAAAGAGGAAACGAAUUCGCGUUAUGGACGACGAAGAUAGCGAUGAUGAUGAUAAUGAUGAUGUUGGGGAAGAAGAUGAUUUGGCUGAGGAGGAGGAGGAAGUGUUCGAUUCGGAAGAUGAGUUGAGCUUUGUGUUGAAACAGGAGAAACAAAGCAGCAAGAAGAUGGUUUCUGGAAAAUCACAGGAGAAGAUUCGGAGCAAGGUCUCAAAAGAUUUCUUUGAUGAAGAGGCCGAGCUGUCGGGCAGCGAGUAUGAAUCCGAUGAGGAUUACGAUGCAGAAGACAUGCCGGAUGAACUGGAGCAAGAUGAAGCUGACAAGGAGAACGUAGGAACAGAAGAGCAACUCCGAGAACAGGUCAACAAGGUUCACAUGAAGACAAUGGAAGACGAUGAUGCAAGACGACUGCGUCUGUACAAAGAAAUGUACCUCCCUGACGGUGACCUGUACUCGGAGGGCAAAGGUCGCGCGCGGCAGUUCCGAUGGAGGCACAUCGGUGAUGAUUCGCAGAUGAACCUGUUUCCCGGUAACUCGGACGACGAAGGAGAAGACGAGAAAGACGAGGACACACAAUGGCGCAUGGAACGCUUCAAGAGAGAACAAUGGCUCAAUGAACAAAAGGAGAAACAACCUGCUAAGGAAGCUGCCGUUGAUGAUGAUGAUGACGUUGUUGAGGAGAACAGUCAGUUUGAUGUCUUCAUGAAGACUGCCGUCAACAGAAAGAGGAAAGCAGACCCAGUGCCUGCGAUUGUUGACGGAGACAAGCCCAUUCCGAAGGAUAAAGAGAGACCGAUAAACUCACCAAAGCCAAUCAAGUUUCGUCACGGCUCUUUCUUGAAGCGAAGCAAAGGAGACCUCGCUAAGAUAGCGUCCAUGAUGAAACCUGCUACAAAUACUAACGCUCCCAGGGUCUCCAGGAAUGUCUUGUACCAGUCCAUCACGCCACAAGCUGAUGAAGAGGAUGACAAGAAACCACAGUUGCGUCGCUCAGCCAGUGACAGUCCAGCUACCCAAGCACCCAAGGCCAAGAGACUCAGGCUCGACAGGAGCCAGAGCCUGGCCAAGCCAAACAGUAUCUUCAGUCUCAUGUAAAGUCUUCUUGAUAACCAUUUCUGUUUCAAAGAAAAAAAUAGUUGUAAAAUCCACAAUUUCAGGGACUUUUAAUUCCUCACAUGCUGAAAUUUAAAAACAAACAAUUGUAAAAACCUGUGCUAUUGUUUAAAAUAGGAUGCAAUCGACAGCAAAAAUGAAUCAACCUCCGUUUACACAUUUAGAAACAAAUUGAUUGCAUAGGAGACAAGGUAAGAAUGUUGCAUCCUGACGCCACUUUUUUUAUCAUUAUUUAUAUCUCAAUGAAGGUCAGUCAUUGCAAAAAUGUUUAAAAGACAUGAAUCUGAGACUGAGAACCAUUUCCAAUUUUGUUAGAAAAUACUUUGAAAAUGCACUCGACUCUCCAUAGACUUUGAACACAACCACAGAAGUGGCGUCACGAUACUACAUUCUUGCCCGAGACAAGAUUAAAUGUUGCUGUGGAGAAAAAAAAAAUUAAAACAGAUCAGAAAUAUACCUCAUCCCUUUGUGUCAUAGUACUUUGUAUUCGCUUUGUGGCACCAAUUCCAUAUUCAUAUAAUAAUGUUUAAACAGUGGAAGUUUCAUGAGCCAUUUACUUAAAAAAAGAGAUGUAUUCUGAAUAUCUCUCAGUUCUUGUCAAUACAAUUGGCAUUUUAAAUGUUAACUACUAUUGAAAAAAAUAUAUCUGAGUAGUUUUUUAAUUUUUUAUUCAGUUAUCAGGGGCCAUUUACAUAAAGCAACUUUAACACGUGUCCUACUUUUUUUGGAGGGGGGGGGGUAGCCUUAGGGAAGGCUGCAUGUGAAUAACUUGACUACUAUGAGAAAUUGAUUCAUGUAACUCCAUAUGAGCAUGUCUCAUUUCUGGCCAUCGCCCAGCAAUUUAGAUGUGGCCCGAGUAUAUUUGUGUGUAAAUAGCUAAAAUAUUCAAAGUUAAAUUUGACAGCCUUUAUCAAUCAUGUACAAAACAACAAAUUGUUUUACAUCUUACUAAAAUAGUUAGAAUUUCAGUUGGUUUGUUCUGUUCACUGAUCUGUACAGCACUGUCUUUGUUACCACGAUUAAUAUAAUAUUUUAAGAAAAAGUUCAAAAAACCAUUUUUAUUAUUUGUAAGAGUGUGGAUUAUAAAGUUCCAUGAAAAUAAAAAGUGCUUUUAAGGUAUGUGAAUGUA